AUGGCGACCGCGCUGCGAGUGAAAAAGUUGAGCGAACACGCGACGGUUCCCGUUCGCGGGUCCAGCGGUGCGGCCGGGUACGAUUUGUCGUCGGCGUAUGAUUACGUCGUUCCGGCGCGCGGGAAGGAAUUGGUGAAGACGGACAUCUCGGUGGCGAUUCCGGAGGGGACGUACGCGCGCGUCGCGCCUCGCUCGGGCUUGGCGUGGAAGUCCUUCAUCGACGUCGGCGCCGGGGUGGUGGAUUACGACUACCGCGGAAACGUCGGAGUUAUUUUGUUCAACCACGGUGAGAAUGAUUUCGUCGUGAAGAAGGGCGAUCGCGUGGCGCAGCUCAUCCUCGAGCAGAUCGUCACCCCGGAUGUCGUCGAGUGCGAAGAGCUCGACGACACGACCAGAGGCGCCGGCGGGUUCGGGUCCACGGGCGUGGCAAAGCGUGAGCGCGAGAACGGCGCCGACGCGAGCGCGUGA